AUGGAAGCCCUGCGGAAGUACCUGUCCGGCGCCUCGCCGGAGGAGGCGACCGAGGAGGAGGUGGCCAUGAGCGAGCCCCCGAGCGACGGCGAGGAGUCCGACCUGCAGGAGGACGAGUACAAUCCCGAAGACGACGAGGGCGCCGAGGGAGAGCUCGAAUACGACGAAGAGGACGUCGACUAUCCGGACCCCGAGCUGGACGAGGAGGAGGAGGACGAUGACGCGCUAGACGAGCCCGAGGGCGCCGUGAACGACGCAGACAACGAGGGAGAAGGCGAGGCCGACGAGCAGAGGAAGCCCCGGACGCUGAUGAUGAACCAGCCGCUGAUGGAGUCCCUCGCGGUGGCCAACUUCAUCCUGUUCAAGAACCCCGUCCCGGACCCAGGCAUUCUCGUCGGGCAGACCCAGGACUCGAUUGGCGACCACGUUGCCCGGCUGGUCGAGGAGCGCCAGGUCGAGGGCAACCACGUCCAGGAGCUCGUCCCCGCGCUCAAGCAGAUCAUCGGCCUCAACCCCUGGCUCUCCGAACUCAAGCCGCGCAACGCCCCGGCGAGCGGCGGCGCUGGGCCGAGCAGCGGCAGCGGCGCACCGUCCGGGGGCGCGAGUGCGCAGCCGGCGGCGAGCUCCGGCGGCGCGGCGCCAGGCGGCCUCGGCGGCGGGCUCCCUCCGCGCGGCCGCCGCGGCCUGCGGCAGGAGGCGGCCCCGGCCGCGCCGGCGCCGCCCGCCGGCGACACGCGGACGCUGGCGCUCGACCACCCCGACGAGGACGCGAAGACGCGGCGCUUCCGGAAGCUGUUCCACUCGUUCCGCGUGCAGCUCCUGCGCACCUCGCGCCGCAUCCAGCCCAACUCGGACGCCAUCACGCGGCAGGUGCUCCAGCGCAUGGCCAUGGUCGAAAACGCGCGGUUCGGGGCGCGGGCGCCCGCGGGCGCGCCCUCGACGCAGCAGCGCGAGCAGCUGGCGCGCGAGGAGGCCGAGCGCCUCGACCGCGGCGGCUCGGACAUGCCGGACUGCACCACGAUCCUCUGCAUCGGCCCGCAGGGCGCCGGCAAGACGUCGACCAUCCUGCGGCUCCUGCACGGGCACGACGCGGAGCUGCCCGGGCCGUUCACGGCCGGGACGUCGUCGGUCAAGGUGUACGAGGGGCGCAUCGACGGCAUCCGGUUCCGGUUCGUCGACACGCCCGGGCUGCGCCCCGAGGCCACGGAGACGGGGCACAACUACCGCACGCUGGCGACGGUGAAGCGCGCGAUCAAGCAGUACAAGCCGCAGCACUUCCUGUACGUCGACCGCAUGGACGCGGUCCGGCGGGACUUCGGCGACCUGCCGAUGGUCCGCAGCAUCACGUCGGUGCUGGGCAAGGACGUGUGGUGGAACACGCUGUGCGUGCUGACGCACUGCUCGACGUCGGCGCCCGAGGGCAACCAGGGCCCGCUGCCGUGGGAGACGUACGCGCAGCAGCGCUGGAGCCUCCUCCUGCAGUGCAUCCGGUCCACGGCGCAGGACGGGCGCAUUCAGAACAUGGUGGCGCUGGCAGAGAACCACCCGGCGUGCUCGCGGAACGCGGAGGGCGAGGCGAUCACGCCGACGGGGACGCCGUGGCGGCGGCAGCUGCUCAUGGUCGUCGCGGCCAACUCGAUCCUGACGUCGCUGGACCAGGAGGUCUCGAAGGGCGCGUCGCCGGCCAAGUCCAACCAGCAGAUGGACAUCAUGGCGAUGCUGGGCAUGGGGGGCCGCCCGCAGAUCCCCGUGCACUACCUGAUCACGCAGAUGAUCAACCCGCGGCAGCCGCGGCGUCCGCCGGACGACGAGAAGGAGCUGAAGACGGACACGGAGAUUGCGGAGCUGCCGGUGAACGAGCGCAAGGAGGAGGUGCGGAAGCGGCGGGAGGUGGAGAAGCAGAAGAAGGAGGAGGCGGCGCUGGACGACGAGGGGAUGCUGACGGUGGCGCCGGAGCCGCCCGUCCCGCCGACCUUUGAGCACGACUGCAACUCGCAGCGCUACCGCUACCUCGAGAACCAGGCGGCGGAGUGGCGGCUGAUCCCCGUGAUGGAGCAGAACGGGAUGGACCACGACGACGGCGUGGCGGCCGUGCAGGCGGAGCAGAGCGGCAUGCUGCGCCCGCGCGGGCGGUACGUGGGCGGCAGCCCCUACUUCAUGAUGGCGCAGGUGCAGAAGACGCGCGACAACCUGACGAUCAACGGGGAGUCCGAGGUGUCGGUGUGCCACUACCGGUCGUCGCGCAAGGCGGUCACGACCACCACGGGCGCGGACUACCAGACCAUUGGCCAGAACGGCGACAUGCUGUGGACGCUGCGCUCGGAGACGCGCUUCAAGCACUGCCCGAAGAACAAGGUCGUCCUGGGCGGCUGCGUCGCGCGGAUGGCCGAGGGGCGGCUCCCGCGGAAGGGCCCCGUCGCACUGGGCAUCAAGGUCGAGAACCGCCGCAAGGUGGACUCGCGCACCAAGGUGUGGGUGUCGGCCGGGUACAUGACGACGCGCAACCAGCGCGCGAAGGACGCGGCGAAGGCAGCGAACGCGGAGCUGCGCCUCAAGCGCGGCCUGGACGACUCGACGCUCAUCACGGUCGGCGGCAGCGCGCUGCUGUACCGCAAGGACCUGGCGCUGGGCGGCAACGUGCAGGUGCAGCACCAGCCGACGGCCGGGUCGCGCGUGGUGUACCGCGGGAACCUCAACACCAAGGGGCAGGGGCAGGUGUCGGUGCGGCUCACGUCGACCGACUACGUCAACGUCGCCUACACCAUGGCGCUGCCCGUGCUCUGCGCGCUCUGGGGCAAGUUCCGCGGCGAGGACGUGUACUGA